GUUGUUCGAAACUUCCAUUACCUGCGUAUGGUAGUAGACAUAUCUGGAUUCGUACUUCUAUGGUCUUGUACAAACCCAUUUUACAGUCAACACGAAAGUUCGAGUACAGUUAACUGGCUGUUCGCAGUUUGAAUCAUCCCAUCGUCAGCGUCAUACCUAACUUGAGGAUCUUGGAGGUUGAUUUUAGGAGAAAAGAACGAUAAAAGAAAGAAGAAGAACGAGUCAUAGUGAUCACAAACACAAAUCAGGUCUUAAACAAUGCUUUCCUCACCAGUAAACCUGCCGAAAUGGCUCGAAGAAAACUCUCACCUUCUGAAGCCGCCCAUCAACAACUACUGCGUUUACAAUGAUGAUUUCACCGUCAUGAUCGUUGGUGGCCCCAACGCCCGCACAGAUUACCACAUCAACCAAACCCCCGAGUGGUUCUACCAGUACAAGGGCGCCAUGAUGCUCAAGGUGGUCGACGACGGAAACUUCAGAGAUAUAAUUAUCCGCGAGGGCGAGAUGUUCCUCCUGCCAGGCAACACCCCGCACAACCCGGUGCGGUUCGCCGACACGGUCGGUAUCGUGCUGGAACAGAAGCGUCCCGCCGACACCAUCGACCGCAUGAGGUGGUACUGCCAGAACUGCAAGGAGAUUGUCCACGAGGCGAGUUUCCACUGCACCGAUUUGGGAACGCAGAUCAAGGCGGCCGUGGAAGCCUUUAAGGGUGAUGAGCAGCUGAGGACUUGUAAGAAGUGUGGUGAGCUGGCAGAUUGGUGCCCCAAGCCUGGAUCGAUCCAGGAUCCGAAUGUGCAGUGAAUGGAAGGGUCUGCAUCAUGGCUUGGGGG